GUGUGCUGAAGCUCAGAAUGAGUGCUGUAGGGGAAAGGGCCCUGGACCCUGCCACGCCAGAGUCCCGUAAGAGGAAGGGCUCGCUAUGCGACAUCUCAGGGCAGAGGUAAGAACACAGUGCAUUCACAUUAGUCACUCAGAACUAACAGACACUCUCAUCCAGAACGAUUGACAACGAGGAUGAUGAUGGUCUUUGUCCUUCAAUAGUAAAUGAUUUCCACUACUCUACAUACUAAAUAAGAAGCAUCCCCUCAGACGUAUAGCCUAUCUAACAGCCAUCGGAUAUGGCCUUUUAUGUGAAUCUGUGUUUGCAUAGUCACCCCAGUCACAACACGCAGUCACCGCGUCACUUGUCACCUUGCUUGACGAUUCAAAACUGAGUUAUUCCGCUGCUCUAUUGUUCACUACAUACUUCAGUCUGAAACUGGCAUCAUUGAAGUCGUUUGUGGUGAUGUCAAAAUGAGGGGUGUUGUACAAAACAAAGUAAUUAGUGAUUGGAUCAUCUCUAACCAAUCAGAGUAUCAAAGCAGACACAUUUUCAAAACGUCCCUUUACUCACGGGUGUUCUGGCUAUGGCCCAACCCAUCGAUUUCUGGGACCAAUCAGACGGUCUAGAACGUAUUUCCAUUCUAUAAAUCGUCAGGGAGGUACUCAGAUCCAGACUCAUUGCGGAGAAAAAACUAACGUCCGUGGGCGUAGCGUUUGGCCGAAGCAAUGAGUUUGGGUAGCCAGGCAAGUUGUCACCUGCUUUCUGUGGGUCAUACUUGUAUCAUGUUUGUCUUUCGCUACCCGCUUCUAUGGCCGCACAUUUCACUUACCCUGUUGGUGUUGAGGAAUAGGAGUUUGUGUCAAGAGCACAGUAAGUGCAGAAUCUCAACCUGACAUGCACACUGCUUGCACACACGUAUUAAACUUGAAUUAUUGUGUAAUCAUACAGUUAUGUCAAAGGGAGAUUUGCGUAAGAAUUUGAUAGAUUUUGAGAGAGUAGGCAAUGUGUGCUGAUUUGGCCCUACAGAUGCUGUGUUAGUGGCUGUAGGUUGCCAAGGAGGGUUGCGUGUGUGUUGGGCUGGAGCAGACUGAUCUGUCUUGCUGAGUUAUAGCUAGGGUCUCCUCCACAAGGCCUCAAUAGGCUGAUGGAACUGCAGUCUGAUCAACAGCACUGUAAAGCAAAGCACAGCACAGUACAGAGCUGCCUGUCAGUUUCUACAGCAACUCCACGCAGCGCCUGACCUGCACACACACCCUACACACACCACACGCAACACGCCUGCGCACAAGCAGCCUUGGCAAUGCACUGACCUACUUUCAAUUCUCUCGUCUCCAACACACACUCACUCACAUAUACAUACAAUACAGACACACACAUAGUUACUGUACGUACGCACACAUAAGCAUUUAUAUGUGCACUCACUCCCCUUCACACACACAGAUUAGCCUGUGGGCCGGGGAAUGCCGAGGACAUAGUUUUAGUAACUGCCAGUAGAACAGCCCUUAUCAAUCCCAUUCUAUCCUCCUCACUUCUCAAGUAUCCAAACCAUUUUAUCACUCAUAUAUAUUUUAUCAUGUUUACCACAUUUCUUCUGCGACUUACUUUCAGAUUCAGCGGGCUAAAAAAUGUAUUCUUCCAUUGGUGGAAUUUGAGAGAAGGUCAAGCUGAGCCGUAGUCAUUCCCUGUAUUCCUCUUUAUAUCUCACACAUGGCCAGUGUAGAGCUAGUAGUCAUUCUCAGCUCUCAGUGCUAGGCUAACCCAGAAUGUGGAUGUGAGCGCAUCCACUGUGCAUGAUUGAGUGUAAAUGCAUGCGCGUGUAUGUAUGUAUGUAUGUAUGUAUGUGUGAGCGUGCCUGCCCUGCGGCCUGGGAUACCAGCCCACCCACCAUGCGGCCCUGGGAGCUGUGAUCGGCUCCAAGGUAACGAGACGCCCCUGUGUGUGAGAGAGAGAGAAAAUCUCAGCAGGGUUCCUCUCAUCCCCCUUGUCAGGUGAUGAUUCCCUGCUGGGUGAAAGAAUAACAAUCUGGCUGCAGGGUUAGUCCUCUCCUCAGCUGUUCUCUCUAGCUGCUCUGCUCUGUCAGCGCUGGUCUCUCCUGCAGCUCUCUGCUCUGGUCUCCCACCCGCGCCCCUAUCUCUCUCUAUAUGCUGGCCUCAUGUAGGCCAUGAAUUAUUGAGAGGCCCGCUGUCCCUGUAGAUCCAACAGCCCUGAUCCUCCUCUUCUCUCCGUCCUUCCCCAGCACUCGUUGGUACCAACCCAGCUGCAGCAGCUGACCGACAGAGUCUGCCUGGAUACUCUCUGAUGAGCCCAGGGCUGUGUUCUCAUCUCAUUCACCUCUUUGUCUCCUGUCCUUCAGGAAAUCCUUAAUCUCCUGACUUUGUUGUACUCUGGAACUCUGUUUGUGUUUCAUGGACUGUGUCAAAUCAAACUUUAUUUAAAGUGCAUUUAAAAUCGCAACACACUUUACAUGAGAACAAUAAUAAAAGAACAGAAACAGAGGAUUUGUAAAACAAUCACCUUAUUAAAAGCCCGGCUAAAAAGGUGGGUUUUAAAAGUUCUUUAAAAACAUCAAUGGUGUCUGCUCCUCUUACCUGACAGGGCAAGCUGUUCCAUAACUGGGGGGCUUUAAUAGAGAACGCUCCGCCCCCCGCCUUGGUUCUGGAUGAAGGAACCGUAAGCAGACCGGUUAAUCAGAUCGCACUCACUGGGUUGUAUGGAACGAGCAUGUCUGUCAGAUAAGAGGGGGCAAGGCCAUGCAGUGCCUUAAAAGAUAAGAGUGAGAUCUUAAAAUCACACCGAUACUUUACAGGCAGCCAUUGUAGUGCACAAAAAAACGGGAGUGAUGCGCUAAUGCCUUCUAGUGUUGGUUAAAAUCCGAGCUGCAGUGUUCUGUACAAGUUGUAGGCUUCUAAUAGUAGAGUCUGAACAGCUGGAGUGGAGGGCAUUACAGUAGUCUAGCCUAGAUGAAACAAAUGCAUGGACCAAUAUUUCGGCAUCUGGUUGAGAGAUGAAGUGUCUAAUUCUGGAAAUGUUCCUGAGAUAGAAGUAUAUUGUUUAGGAUAUGCUUUAUAUGUAGUCAAGUAACCCUUUAUUCUCGUACGACCAUCCUGAUCUCACGAUCCUUAAUGUUGUGAAGGGAAAUUCACUUGGUUGCAGCUAACACGCCAUAAAAUCACGUUCAGCAAAGUUAAGAAAAUGUCUCAACAAUAAACCUAACCUGUGUGUGUGUGUGUGUGUCCCUGCAGUGUGGAGAAGCGGCGGCGGGAGCUGGAGUGUCGUUACAUAGACGAGCUGGCUGAGCUACUGUCUACCAACAUGGGCGACAUCGCCAGCCUCAACAUCAAGCCAGAUAAGUGCCAUAUCCUCAAGAGCACCGUGGACCAGAUCCAGCAGAUCAAACGCCGCGAGCAG